GUCAAAAUCAACAUACAAAACCGACGUUUUCAAAGUUACUUGUCAUUCUGCAACUUAAUUAAAAUUAUGUUUUUCAAUUCCGAUUCGUUUUCGGCGCCCUCUUUUUGGCAAAAUGGUCCCGCGCCGGGGGCUAUUCACCAUUUUCCGGGAAAUGCAGCCGGAAAUGGGGAUUAUUUCACACGCUCUAAAGCCCCGGUUACUACAGCCACAUCGAUCAUUUCGAUGGUUUUUGAUAAGGGGGUGAUAAUCGCCGGUGAUCUUUUGGGUUCAUACGGAUCUUUAGCUAGAUAUCGUAAUUGUCCAAGGGUUAUGAAAGUUAAUAAAAAUAUUAUUUUGGGAGCUGGUGGAGAUUAUGGUGAUUUUCAGUAUGUUAAGGAUUUUAUUGAUCAAAAAAUAAUUGAUGAGCAAUGUUUGGAUGAUGGAUUCACAUUAAAACCAAAUUCUCUUUAUUGUUGGUUAACGAGAAUUUUAUACAACAGAAGAAGUAAAUUUGAUCCAUUCUGGAAUAAUUUCGUUGUUGGGGGACUUCAAGAUGGUCAACCAUUUUUGGGUACAGUUGAUAAACUAGGAACUUCUUACCAAGAUAAAACUAUUUGCACUGGUUAUGGAGCUUACAUGGCUCUCCCCAUUUUAAGAGCUGCCCUGGAAAAGAAUCCUAACCCAACUGAACAAGAUGCAAGACAACUUAUACAUAAAUGUAUGGAAGUUUUGUUCUACCGCGACGCAAGGAGUUUUCCCAAAUAUCAAUUGGCUAUUAUCACACCGGAUGGGGUUAAUGUUGAUGGUCCUAUUGAGGUUCAACAAAAUUGGAACCUUGCUCAUUUGAUUAAUUAAAAUAUUUUAUAAUUUAAUUUUCUUUUAAAAUGAAUAAACAUGAUUUUUUUUGCUAGGUUG